GUCGGUGAAACCUAAAGGAAACACUGACAGCGAGAUAAUGUUUUUUUUCCUAUAAUUUGAAAAAAGCCUCUCCCCUUCGCUUCGGAGUCUGAGAUCUGAUCCCAAUAACACCCAAACAAGCAAAGAAGUCCAAGAUAGAUAUCAUGGGCCGUGGAGUUAGCAGUGGGGGGGGACAGAGUUCUUUGGGUUACCUUUUUGGGAGUGGAGAAUCCCCCAAACCCACCCCCAAAAAUGUCAGUCCUAGCACUGGCACCGUCAAUGAAGUCCCUCAGACACAGAAUGAGGUUGUCAAGGAAACCCCACCACCAGCUGUUGUCCCUAAGGAUAUUCCUGCAGGCAUUCCUGGGAACAACGCAAACAAUUAUUUCCGUGCUGAUGGCCAGAACUGUGGCAACUUUCUUACGGAUCGGCCUACAACAAAGGUUCAUGCAGCACCCGGCGGAGGAUCUUCCUUGGAUUACCUGUUUGGCGGCAACCCUAAGUGAGGCAUUGAAUCUUAAAUCUUGGAACUGCUUAUAAUUGUUGUCCUAAAGCCCCAGAAGUUUAUGGGACAAGCAAUAUUACCCUCUAUUGUUGAAUGUGAAGACAUUUAGUUUUAGUGCAGUGUAAUAGUGCUGGGCAAAUUUCUUACUUGUUCCUAUGUGGGGUCUUCGUAAAUUAAGCAACUGCUUACUGUCAAUUGGACAAACAAACUUAUGCUAUACUUGUAUUAAAUGUCUUAUUUAUUUAUACAAGUGGAACUAUUUUAUGUUGUAA